AAAUCCCCACUGGGCCCUAACAGUGCACUGAAAAUUUUAGGAAAGUUUAUCUUUUUAUAGAUAUGAAUAUGUCCAACAAAAUGUAAUCCUAUAAAACAAGAGAAGUUACAGUUUCAUAUUGGAUGUAUUACAUGAAGAAAAUAUUUAAAAUUGAACACCUGUGAAAAGAGAGUUAUACAAGAACUUGUUACAAUGAAUGACAUAGAGACAGAUCGUCCUGAACUGGUACCAGAUGCAGUUCCCCAAAAGGGUUUUGACUAUGGGCAAUUUCUAGUCACAGUGGACAAUGGAUUAGAUACAAGUGAUGUGGAAAACCUCAAAUUCUUACUCAGAGGUAUUGUCCCUGACUCCAAGCUGCAGAAGGCUCAAAGAGGUCUUGAUUUAUUUAAUGAACUGCAGAACACAGGUGUGAUAGACAUUGAGGAUGGGGAUCUGGAGCUAUUAGAGGAGUGUUUGUAUAGAAUUCACAGGAAAGAUUUACUCAAGAAAAUGGCAAGGGAUACUGCAAUGGUGGAACAAAGAUUGCAGAGACUACAAGAAGAAAUACACAGAAAAGAAGUCAGUUACAUGGAAUCUAACAAAUUCUUAUCACCUUUCAGAGUGCUGCUGUUUGAGAUUGGUGAGGACAUCGAUGAUGAAGAAUUUGGUUCUGUGAUGUUUGCUUUGACAUCACUUGUUCCUAAAGGACAGCUUUCUAAAAUGAAGUCCAUAUUUGAUUUGUUUCUGUUUUUGGAGAAAAAAGAUGAAAUGUCCCAUUUAAAAGUUGAUGUUUUACUGAAAGUGCUCAAAGUCAUUGACAGGGCUGACCUAAUUCCAAAAGUCAACAGAUACCUCUCCAGUCAAAGUAAGAGAAAUAGCCCAUCCAAGAUCACUGGCCCCACACAGAUGGAAGUGGAACCCUCAGAAGGACCACAUUUUCAUCCACCACCUCAGCUGCCACCAAUGGGACAAGGCACCACACCGGCCAUGGCUGCUCCAUUACCGGAUGGACUUUUGAUAAGACUUGCUGAUGUUAUUUCCAAGAGUCCAGACUGGAAAGACUUGGCCCCAUUUCUGGGUUUGGAGGACAGAGCUAUAUUAGACGUAAUCAAUGAUGAUAACGUCAUGACAUCAUUAAAGGUAUACAAGAUGCUGCAGUACUGGCAGAGAGAUGUCAUGCAGAAUGACGAGACUUGUCGUGUGACUAUGAUAGGAGUCCUGCAGAAGUUUAGAAUUACAGAGGGACUGCAAAUACUGGGGCAAACUGUAGAAGAAGACGAACACAUUCCUAAUCCAACUCCAACAGACUUGCGUUCUUUGUAUCAACCUCCAGCAGGAGAAAUUCCCCAGUCAUUGAGACACCCUGCCCCAGAGCCUCUUCCUGAUAUCCAGGCCCUGAGGCCAAACAUGUCCGAGAUAGAGACACAGACCUCCAUGUUGAUUCUUCCCCACAGCAACCAGCUCAUCAGAGACUAUGGUGAAGAAAAGAAUCUAUCAGUAUCAAACACUGAGGCCAGGGUACAGCCUGCAGAGUUACAUCCCCCUCCUUCAGAAAACAACAGUGCUCAAUCAGAGAGAAGUAUGAGGGGUAAUGUAGAGAAUUUGGACCAGAUGAUGAGGAGAACACACAUUGAUGAUGAGAUGGAUCUUCCAUCAUACCGAAUGGACAGAAAACCAAGAGGUAUUGCUUUGAUAAUCAACAACAUGAAAUUUUUUAAAGUGCCAAAUGACCCAGAAAGCAAAGAGAUGCCAGACAGAACAGGCACAGAUCUGGAUGCAGAUAAAUUAACAUAUAUUUUCCGUAAGUUGGACUUCCAUGUGGAACGUUAUGAUAACUUGGAGGAUUAUGCAAUGAACCGGAGACUUGUUGAGGUGUCCUUUGAAGAUCAUUCUCAGUAUGACUGUUUUGUAUGUUGUAUUUUGUCACAUGGUGUCCUGCAGAAUAUUUAUGGCACUAAUGGCAGGCUGGUCAGAAUAUCAGAGUUGACAGGAAUAUUCCGAUCUGGGAAGUGUCCAAGUCUGGCUGGAAAACCCAAGUUGUUUUUUAUUCAGGCAUGUCAAGGAAGGGAGAAACAAGGAGGUAUUGACAUUGAGAUGGACAGCGACCUUGAACCGGACAAUGGCCGAACCUCUGAGAUGAUCCCUGAUGAGGCGGACUUUGUACUUGGGUGUGCCACUGUACCUGGGUAUGUGUCCUACAGAAGUAGGUCACAGGGAAGCUGGUUUGUCAACAAACUGGUGGAAAUGUUGGAUAAAUAUGCCUACAGAUAUGACCUUCUGAGUAUCUUGGUAAAAGUCAAUGAGGAGGUGGGCAGAGCCAAUGCUCGUUUGGAGGGUGGAGUCUACAAACAAAUCCCUGCCCCUCUGGUAACCCUGAGGAAAAAAUUGUUCUUUCGGUGAAUUGUACACACUGUGAUUCAUACAAACACAAUUUAUGAAAUACAAAAAAGUGUUAGGGUGAUUUAAAAUAUCUUAUUUAAAUAUUUUUUUUGUUUAAAAUUUACUCUGAUGAAUAUUGUUAAAAGAGGAAAUUGCAUGCAUUUACGUGAUUAUAAA